CUAAUCGACACAAACAAAGACGGAACUAUGACCAGACAAGAAAUGAAAGAAAAUCUUCAUCUUAUGUCCACAGAUUUGGCAGGGAAAGAAGACGAUGUUCUCCAUUUUUUAGACAUUGAUGAAGAUGGAGAGGUCUCUCCGUGUGAUAAUGAAGUAGAUAUCAAACUGAUUGACAAAGACAGAAAUGGUCUCAAGUCCAAAGAGGAGUAUCGAAGAUACAUUGGAAAGAGAUGCAGAAGUAGGAAGGGUCGUUGA